UGAAGGAGAUGGAAGGAGGGGAGAGUGGAGAAGACAAAAGAUCCAUAAAAACAGAAAGCAGUUGUGGAGGACAGCAAAAGUUCUUGUAAAGCUCACCUCUCACAAGUUUAAGGAAUGGGCAGCUUCCCAGUGGUCCUGCUCCUCUGCGUUUUCCACGCACUUACAGCUGUAGUCCAAGCCCAGCAGACCGAACCACUUGAGAGUACCGCAUUACCAUCUAAUUGCAGGGAGGAGAUGUAUCCUUGCACCAGGAUGUACUCAGUACACAGACCCAUCAAGACAUGUCUUGGCAGACUUUGUCUCUACAGCCUUCCACGCAUAUAUGUGAUCAACAAUGAGAUCUGCAUGAGGACAGUGUGCCAGGAGGAGGAAUAUCUGAAAGCUGAACUGUGCAGAGAGUUGUCUGGGUGGCCCAGACGUAUUGCAAGGUCUUCUUCUGGAAAGCGCUGCCGCAGUCGUCGAAACAACCCCAAAACCUGGGCAAACAAGGCCUGAUGGAGCCCAUAUAGGUGACUUUCUGUCGGCGAGGAUUAUGCAUCCAGGGAGGGUCACAAAACUAUAAAUGCAGUGCUCAGUGGCUGGGAUCCUUUUUUUUUUUCUUCCCCGUCUCUCUUUCCUGUCUCUCGUACAGUCAUGAGUGCUCAAUCGUGUAUGAAUCAUUUACUCAUGUAUGAACCUUUUCAUUUUCUGUGAAUGCUAGAGAUGCUUUUAAUGAGUCUUUUGGGGUUUCUGUAGUUUAUAUUCCUUUGAAGGUACUGUAGUAAUGGGCCUGCAACUGCUUGAGUCAUUUUAUGUUAGAUAAAACUAAGUAAAACUUGUGACUGUAAAGGUACUUACUGACAAUCCAGUCAUAUGAACAAAAGUUUAAGCAAUAAAUCACACAC